CCUGCGCGCUGCCGCCUCGGCUCUGCUUCACGGGGGCGGGCCGGGCUGGGCUCCUCCUCCUGCCCGCCCGCUCGCUGCCCGUCUUCCCGGCCGACCAUGCCGCUGGAUCACCGCCGGCUGCAGGGCCCGGAGGAGUCGCAGCCGCCGGAGGUUUGGGCAGCGGCCGGGGGAAGCGGGGAGGUACCGGAGGAGGAGGAUGCGGCCCCGCGGGAUCCCUGCGCCCUGCGGCCGCUGUUCGCCCGGGCCGGGCUGCUGAGCCAGGCGGAGGGUUCGGCCUACGUGGAGCUGAGCGGCGGCACUAAGGUUCUCUGCGCCGCGUGGGGCCCGCGGGAGGCGGCCGAGCCCGGCGGGGCGACGGCGGCGGGAGGGGGCUGGCUGCUGUGCGAGUUCCACCGGGCGCCCUUCGCCGGGCGCGGGGCUCGGUGGCGGCCGGGCUCGGCGGCGGAGCGGGAGGCGGAGCGGGAUGCGGCGGCGGCGUUACGGGAAGCGCUGGAACCGGCCGUGCGCUUGGCCCGGUACCCGCGGGCCCGCCUGGCCGUCAGCGCUUUGCUGCUGCAGGACGGGGGCUCCGCGUUGGCCGCCGCCAUCAGCGCCGCCGCCCUGGCCCUGGCUGAUGCCGGGGUGGAGAUGUACGACCUGGCCGUGGGCUGUGCCCUGUGCCGGGCUCCCGGGCCCGCCGCCGCCUGGAUGCUGCAGCCCGGGGAGCCCGAGGAGCGCCGUGCCGUCGCCCAGCUUACCGUGGCUCUUCUGCCCGCUCUGAACCAGGUGUCAGCGGUGCUGGGCGGCGGGCAGGGCAGCCCUCCCGACAGCUGGGCAGAGGCACUGCGCCUCGGCCUCGACGGCUGCCACCGCCUGUACCCCGUGCUGCGGCAGAGCCUGCUGCGGGCUGCCCGCCGCCGUGAUGCCGCUGCUGCUGCCACCGCCGCUGCCACCACUGCCUGAGCGCUGACCAUGCCUGGGUGGCUCCCGUCUGGGGAUGGGGCUGUCUCCCAGAGCCCAUCCAAGCUGUCCUCAGUGCUGCCGGAGGCUACUGGAGCCUGUCUGACCCAAACCUCAUGCUGCCAGAGACACCCCCAGAGCCAGCCUGAGCCAGCUCUCGGGCUGCUGAAGACCCCUGGAGUUGCCCACGCAACUGGAGGCCCAAGAAACCUGCCCAAGGACACCGGAGCCUGCCUCCACCCCACCAU